GUAUAUGCACUUGUGUGUGUGUAUGUAUACGUGUGUGUCCCUAUGAGUGUGUGUAUGUAUGCUUGUGUGUGUGUGUGCACUCGUGCACAGGCUCAAGGGGCAGGAAGAGGUAGAACCAGAGAGGUGUCAGCAGAUGGUUAAUAUUGUGUGGAACCUCCCCAGAAGAGCUGGCGUAAUAACAGAGCUUGUCCACGCUGAAGGAUUUGUGUCAUCAUCAAUCAUCCAGUGUGUGCCCACCCUGCAGGGAGGAGCCCAGCCCACCAGAGCACUCUGUUGCUGGGGAGCACACGUACAGCCACGCCACUCAGAGCUGGGUGGAGGGGGGUAGUGGGCUGAGGGGUGGGGGAGGGGGCGGAGGGGUGAGGGAGGGAGGGCGGGGUGGGGCAGGAAUACGUCUUCAGGAGGGAGGGCAGAUAAGGGCCAGACCUCAAAGAAAAGGUAGGUUGACAUGUUUUUAUUGUUGUUUUAUACAGCAGGGCAGCACACCACUGUGGUUCCUCUGCUCUGCCUCGGCUGGUUAAGACGCUGCUGUGCUGCAUGAACACUGCGAUUACAGUGAGAACACAGUGCGGCACUCAGCCCGCACAAAAAAACACAACAUCUCUUUAUUAUCUGAAGACCUACGACUACUGUAGCACAAGGAGGCCCCCUUGGACAGCGACGCUUCCCACAUGGAACGGAGAACAUCUUACUAGACCUGCUCCCCAAAGUUUUGCUGCUUCCCCACCGUGAGAGGGCUCCCAAUGGGUUGCCUGCAGCAUGGAGGCAGCAGAUGAUGCACGACUGUUCCUUCUCUCACUCCCCCUCUCUCAUCAAUAAUAAAACAAACAGCAGGAAGAAAUACACUGGCAUGAUCAACCUAGCGUCCCAGCACCGGCAUCAGCCGUUAAAGAAGAGGCUAUGGAGCGCGUGCAGAACAGGCAGGACAGCUGAACAGCGAGCAGGCUGAGAGUGGUUAUGCUACAGUGUUCGUGUACAUGUUUCACACUUCUCUCGAGUGUUCUUUCUCAACAAGGUCACGUAUAUGCUCCAUGUCUAUAUAUAAAUCACUUGUGAAGGAUGGGAAUUGAGGGUGGGGCAACCAGAUGCUAGGAUAUGGAGAGAGAUAAAGAGAGAAUGACAGAAAGAGAGAGGGAGAGAAUAGAUCUAUUUAGCUGCAGAGAUACAAGGUAGCCAGAUCUGCUGCAGACUGAGUACAGACGCAUGUGUCUCAAUCUGCCAUGAAUGUAUGACUGACAGUAUCAUCCAUCAUAUAAAUGGUAUGAGACAUGAAAGGCUAUAUUGUUUGUAGAAAGCUAAUUGGAGUUCAUAGCUUAUUGGUUAGCCUCAUGUAGUGUAUAAGGAAGGAGAAUUAGGCUCAGUACAGCAGGCACACUGGAUACAACAGAGAAGCAUCUUCUAAAUAAAGUUACAAUUACAUGAGAAUUUCCUUGAUCUGUAUUGACCCAGUGUCUCCCACUACAGCAGGCCCGAAGAUCUCUUCAAACAAAAGAUCAGUGAGCAGACGGCACACAAACCGCCCACAGAACGAGCAUGGGAGCUCGUCAAGGGACAAAUUCCUGAAGCAAGAGGAAAUGGAAGCAGGCCAAGGGUGUUGACCUUUUCCACUGAGGGGCAAAAGACGACUCAUGCAGACGGCAGGCGUUCUGCUGGUCCAGCCCAGAGGAGGAAGAAAAGGAGCCUUUGAGAUGGCAGUGGACCGGAGCUUCCUCCUGCUGCAUUCCCCUCUCUGGAGAGAACAUUCCAACACCACUGCAUCAUGGAGAGGAGUCGAUAGUGGAGGACGUUCUGGGCAUGUGUGGGCCAGGCCUACCUUAAGAGGUUUGAAAUCCAUCUACCAGAUUUAUCUCUGUAAGCAUGUCUGUCUAAUCUCUCCAUACAUCCAUCUACCCAUUUUUGCAUUCCUUACAUCAGGGAACUCGCCCUCGUCAGCAUAAGCAGGGCCCCCAGUCUGUCUGAAGAGACGAUCUCCUUUGAUAGAGGAGAGGUGGCGAGGCAGACAGAGCAACCUUGAAGUCAGAUGACGCGAGCAGUUUGAAAGUGAGAGUCCCGUCUCACUUUCUCACCGCAUUCAUCUGAACUUCAUUACUCUAGAUCUCCUUGGGAACCAGGCCGCCUUUUCUGAAGUGUUCCUGUCAAUACUGACACCUGCGUGACAACUAACCUGUCAGUACAACUCCAGAAAGACUUAACCAACACACAACGAAACAUAUUAGGUAUUGAAGGAAUGGAAAGGAGAAAAAAAAACUUUCCAACUGGGGAAUUAGGUCAGGGCAGAGCCACAGAGCCAUGUCUCUCUCUCUAUGGCUCUGGGACAGGGUCAUUAGAUGAGUUUGAGACUCUGAACCAUGGGAAAUACAUGUUUGACAAGUUAAUAUCAUGUCAUCAUGAAGUUAAAAAACGAAGACGAAAAAAGAGGAGAAAACAAGCCUUCAAGAUGAGUCUCCAGCCCUCAAGACUAGUCCUGCCCCGAGCACAACAACUGUGUUGGGUUAGAGAGCUAAUGAUUCAGCAGAUCUGGCCGUCUGGGCCCCCUGUGGCAGCGAGUCCUGAAAGCCCUCCUGACGUCACUCGUCCUUGAUGGAGGGAUGACUCAAACACACUCACCCUUUGUGGCCAGAAACCUGCCAUCUCCCAUCAUUAAGCUGUCCUAACCUCCCCACCGACAGUUGAGGUGCGUUGUUCUGUUCAACCUUUCCCCGCCUCAACAUGGCACAUCAAACAGCCUAGGCGAGGUCACGACGACAGGUUCACUUAGCGUUAACGCUUGGGAGUGAAUGAACUGAAGGCCGUUUCCCAACCCUCCGAGCGUGUUGCCAUCGCAGGGUGCAGCGCACCAGCUGUCCUGCCUGGACAAUCUACUCAUCCUCCCACAUCUCCUCCACCAGCAGUCUGCGGCUGUUGCUCUGGGGCUGCUGAAUCAUCACUUGGUUUCCAUUCACAACGCGAGGAGGUGGCAACUGGAUUAUAUCUUAUGACCAACGGCAAGAUGGCUAUCCUGCACCUCAUUCCUCCCAGGAUCACUUCACUGACUGGCUGGCUGCUCUCCAGGAAUGCCUCUUCUGGCAGCCCAGGUUAAUGUUGUGGGGAGGGCUGUCAACUGCCUGCAGCAGUUCAUUUAGCUUCUGGCACUUACUGGCAAACGAGCAGUGGUAUCCAUCGCAUUGUUCCAUUGCUUAUUCAGUGCUCAGCAGAAAGUGUUGGGCUCCGCAUCGGAGCAGGCAGGUUGGAAGAGAAACAAACAGGUGGAGCACCUCCUAUCCCAGGUCUCUCCGUCAGUGAAGAACAGAACAGAACUGCCUGUAGGUUAAAUUAUGCAAAAUGUUCUACUUUGGUUCCAUCUGAACCAUGACGUGUUCACUUGUGUGACAUUGCAUUAAACAGCACGUUUACAGUUUCCGGCUAUUGUGUUCUCAGUAUUCCAAGCGAGUUAUUCCAAUCCUCUCUGGUUUUCACUAGAAUGCUACAGCCACAGGCUGUAAGGCAACGGUUAAUCUACUGAACCGCUGACUAAACUGUGGACCUUGCAUCAAGUAGAACACUGUUGAAUAAUUGCAUACUGUGGUUAUGGACAUGGAAUUCUUUCUUAAUACGGUAGUUUCAACCACAAGAUGACAUCUUCUGAUAUAUCAGUUGCACAAUGCUUGGGAGGGGCUCGGGUCAAACCCCACUCUGACGGAACAUGUCUGAAACUUCACUUGAUGGGAACAAUGUGAACCACCUCACUAUGACAGCUGAACAGUAGACAUUCUCAUCAAAGCCCCCCUUUUGGACCUGGGGAAAUCUUUCUGGGUAGCAGGGCGAGUUCCCUGAUCUCUUUCGGUCGCAGGGUGAGGUUUUUGAUCUCUCUGGGUCGCAGGGCGAGUUGCCUGAUCUCUCUGUGUUGCAGGGCGAGUUGCCUUAUCUCUUUGGGCUGCAGGGUGAGUUCCCUGAUCUCUCUGGGUCGCAGGGUCGAGUUCCCUGAUCUCUCUGGGUCGCAGGGUUGAGUUCCCUGAUCUCUCUGGGUCGCAGGGUUGAGUUCCCUGAUCUCUCUGGGUCGCAGGGUUGAGUUCCCUGACUCAGGAGACUCGACACAGCUGUUCCAUCUGGGGAGCGAUGGUAUAAUCUGUGUCUGCAGUUCAGCCUCACUAAUCUGCUUUUUGAUCUGUGAUGGAGCCAGACACGUGCCUAGGGCAGGGUCCAGCAGGGCAGGGUGGGGCAGAGCGGGGCAGGAUGGGGCAGAGCGGGGCAGCAGGGGAGAGUAAGAGGAUUUGGGCUGCAGGGAGAAGAGCUCCGAUCUUCUGGAGGCUGGCGUGACAUGUGGGGACACCCCCUUUCUGACCCGUGACCACCAGGAAGUUAUUAUGCAAUCAUUAAUUCUGUUAUACAAUACAGGGCUAUGUUGACUACAGAUGGAGAGGGGAUUUCACAUUUUUAAAAACAUCAGCACAAAGAGAGUAGAGGGGAGAGCUGAAAGGAUGGCAACGAGGCGUAGCUAUCCGUAAGACAGCUUCCUAUACAGCUUCCCAUGUCGUAACAACUUGAUUCAAGGAUUUGAAAGCGAAAACGCUAAGAAAAAAACUGUCGGCCUUGGAGGACAAAAGCAGCACAAAAAAAAAAAAAAAAACUUCAUGUCACAUCUACCGGAAUAGUCUUGACGAUGUCUCAAAAAAAAACAAACCUAUGUUCUCUAAUGAGCACUGGCUGUGGUCUGACCUCAGUGAGUGCUGUUCAACCUUCUUUACCGCUGUGGAACAUGACUCACAGCGAAACCUAGGCUCAGUCCAGCCCCAUCACAGACCGCCGGGACGGAGACAGCCAGCCGAGGCAGCCGACCGAGGCAGGGCCUGACUCCGUUCUGUCCAUGAUGAGACUUCAUAAUGACUGCUCUGGACAUGGCUGAGGUACUACCGCACACUUGAUCCAUCCAUCCAAAAUACACAAACAGCCUGGUUCUUCUUCCUCACACUGCCCAGUUCCUACCAAGCGCACUCUGGUCCUUUCUGCCAUGGUGCCCGCCAUCUGUUGAUAAGAUAUUUUUACACAGGAAGCCCACAUGCAAUGCCCAACUGUGGGCAAAUUUACAGAGCGGAAAAUCGCCCGGCAGACAUCUCAGUCUGAUUGUAGGGAAGUUUGAGCAUUCUCUUUCUUAGCUAUACUUUCACCAGUAUUAAGAACUUAACAAGCACCACAACAACAAACAUCUAAGCUUAUCACGACCGAUCCUUUACGUCAGAUAACGUGCCACUUCCCAAACAGCAAGGGAGGAAUGAAGUUUGCCUGGUUCCUGCUCUCCUCAUAGCAUGUCCUUAGCCUCAACACCGUAACAACAAAAGGAUAAGGGAAAGAGAGGCAUCCUUUCAUUUGAUCUCCUGCCAACCGUAACCAAGGCCAAGAACUAAUCCCAUAAUAUAGGACCCGCUGCCCCCCACUUCCCUCCCAGAACACAUCUCCUCCCUCCCCUGCUCGCUGGACAGCAUGAUGGGUGGUGUUGUGUAUUUCGCUCAGCCAGCCUGACACAGUCACAAUCAUAUAGGCUACUGAAGGCCGUGGGGACUUCGUGCGAUCAUACCGUAUAAAGUCUGUAAUCGUCCACUACGGAGCCUGCCGAUUACUAUUGAUGAGUCAUAAUGCAAAGAGAAUCAAUACAACUUCACUGUCAUUAUCAGCCCCUGGACAAGUCUCUCCAGCAGAGUUAAAUCACCCCAGUAGCUCGUCUUCGAUCAUCUCCUACACACACCUAGGACACAGCAGCCAGUUCUCCAGCCUGUAAUGAAUUUAAAGAGGCCUUCAAUUGCCUAGCCUGUCUAGAUUUGCACCAGGGGUCAGCUCUCUAAAUCCAGCCAGCUGACACCAAAUCAAUUACCGCACGGCUGUUGGGUAAGCAGAAAGGAGACAACCAGAGAGGUCCAGAAAGCAGGCUGAAUAUGCAGGCGUGUUGGUCACUGCUCAGCAUUCUCCUGCUCCCUGGGCCUCACUGACUGUGCAGAGCCACCCCACUCUGGACAGACAGGACGCCAAUUACCCACGUUUCUCUUACCUUCUUGUACAUUGCAGCUAUAUUUGCUCAGCAGUUGUGUGUGUGAUGGAAAUACACGAGAGCAUUUUAUUUAUGCAAUGGCAUGUAAGAUGUUUACUAAUGUUAAUGUUGUUUGACGUCUAUAAAACCACCCACUAGUCAGUCUAUCAUACUGUGAGAAAAUAUGUGUAAUGGUGGGUGAGCUGUCCUGUGAAAAACUGGUUUUAUAGCUAAGGCUAGUUAAAUUGGAUUAGUACCAUGCUGCUGAAUAAAGAAAAUGACACAAAAAAAAGGAAUGAUAUGCACUGUAAAAUAAGUCGAUAUCUGCCUCGCAUUCCAGCACUAACCCUCAGCUGACUGGCUGAACAACUGGUAGAUAGAGGAGAGAGGAUGUAUGUUUUUUUUUUCUUCUUCAUAGCAGGUACAAAUGUCGGGUGUUUAGCGGGGAGACAUGAAACAUUGAGUUGCGGCGUAUCUCAGCCCAGCGGCCAGCCGUAUGAGGACGGACAAGCAGAUGGAGCCGAGCGUAGGCCGCCUGCUGCUGGUUGUGGGGCUGUCACCCUGACAGAUGAGGUGCUGUGUAACUGAAGGCACAGAAUAUGUCGCCAAAUUAUGGGGUACUUGUCAGAGAGGCCACUCUACUGCUGGACAAGUUCAACGCAGACAAAUAUUGUGUUGAAGAUUACACAGAAGAGGCUUCCAAAUCCAUGGAGAAUUUGGAACCUUCUGACAAGAACUUCAUACUUGACACUGUCUCCGGAUGCAUUGAGCACAAAAAAUUGACGGACAUUGUCGUUGAUGUUUUCUAUGCUCAGAAGGGUAAAUGCUUAUUGAAGGCUGAUCGCAAUCAGUUUGCUGUUAUCUGUUAUCUUGCUGUGUUUGUCCUUGAUGAUCUUGGACUUCAGUGUUUCAGCAAGAUUGUGAAAUCUCUGGACAUCAAGAAGAUGCACAGUUUCCUCAGUUUCGUUUUCAACGUCACAAACAUCAGCACUUGGAUAAAAGGCGAGUGGAGUCAUAUAUAUGAUGCUGAUUAUGUGGAAAAGAACUGGAUUGCUCCACUUUUAAGGUGGCACCCUGAGAUUGAGGCUCUGAUAAAUCAGCUUGCCGCUAGAAUGUCUCAAGCGGGGCAUAUCAAGAAAGCGCCCCCAAAAAUCACUGAGCCCCAAGAGUUUUCUCUUACCAAACCUAAACAUCGUCCUCUCCCGGUCCCUGAGCCGAUUCCCCUGCAGGAGAAAUGCCAUGCGGUUCCAACCACCACUUACAGACCUCCAAAAGAGAAAGAAGCCUUAGAGAAAGUGAAACAGAGGAACAGGCAGAGGGCUGAGCAAGUGCUAUUCGAGGCAAACACUCAACAGUUCAAAUGUGCAAACCCAGAAAAGUCUGAGGUUACCAAGAGUGUGAUAUCCCAGAUCAAGCAAAGCCAUGAUUCCCAGCUCAAGUGUGAUUUAGUUCACUCCUCUGGGACACCUGCAACCCACAAGACUAACAGCUUGCCCAUCAGGCUCAACACCACAGCCAUACUGAGAGAGGGCGCUCUGUACAACCGCCAUGUUGAGGAGGAGCUCAACAGAAUCGAGCGGCUGGUUGAGGGGGCGCGUGAGCCGUCUGCGUUCCUGCAGUGGCAGAGGGAGAUGAGGGAGCAGGACCUGCAGGCGGAGCUGGCCCAGGUGGAAGAGCGCCGCUUGCAGGGUCGGAUCAGCUACGAAGAGGCCGCGCUUGCCCGAGCACGGAUCAUGGAGCGCAACCAAAAGACUGCCCUGCUAAAGAAGGAAGAGACUGCCAAGCUCAUGCAGAGAUAUGCCCGCAAGAGGUUGCAAGAGGAACAAGAGAUAAAGGAGCUGGUGAAACAGGUGGCAGAUGGACACAAGAACUCCAAAGCUGCCAAAGUGAAGUUGCAGGAGCUCAAACAGCGUAUAGCGAAGGAAGUGUCUGUGCAGAAUCGCGAGCUCUUACAGCAGGCCUUAGAGGAAGCCCAGGAAGAUCUGAGCAGAAGAUUACAUAUCAUCCGAGAGAUACGGGCUUUCGAAUCUGUGCCCCACCUCAGGCACACCUUCAUGGAUGAGACAGAGACGGCAGGGCAUCGCCUACUGGGGGAGAUGUCCCUGGCUGAGCUGAGGGAACGCCUGUCCGUGCUGAAGGACGCAGAGCAGAGGGAGCAGGAAGACAGGAGAGAGCGAAUCCUGCUGGAGAAGCAGAACAAGGAGCAACUUCUGCUGGAGCAUCUGGACACUAUCGCCCUCCACAGGACGGCACUGGGACAGGCGGCCGAACGCAGGCUUGAAGAGAAGAAAGCAGGCCAGGGCCUGCAGCAGGCUGUGGCCAAGAAUGACAAGGUGCUGGCCCUGCAGAGGAAGCUGGAGGAGAGACGGCAGGAGCGACAGAGGCUGAAGCAGAACGAGAAGACCAGGGCCAAGACAGCAGAGCGAGCCGCUCAGCACGCUCUCAGAAGCUGGAAUCACAAGAAGCUGGCUCUGGAGGAAAAACACUGGGAGGCUUUGGAGCAGAGCUUAGAGCGCCGCAUCAAGCAGCAAGCUCCUGAUUCACUCUCCCACAGGAAAAUACUAAAGGCUUAGAAAUUAAACCCCUCUUUAAAAGAUCUAGAUUUGAAAUGUGGCUGUAUUUAUACAUCAGAAAUGACACGAGGGGAAACCGUUGAGAUUAAAGUAGUAAGUUAGUUGAAUAAACUUGAUGUUGAAAUAUUGCGGCUGUGGUUUUCAUAACUUUUUGAUAAUUCUGAUUGUGUUCAUUCAAACACUUUAUUAAAAAUAGCGUUUAAACUUUCCAUCUGAAAUAAAUAACAAUCAUAAACAGCAAUGGAACAUGAUAGUUUAAAUGGGUGUAAAUCGACAGAAAGUCUCAGCGCUGCGGUUACAUUAAACAGAGAGGGAAAUAGCUUCAGAAUUCAGGAGCCAACUCUUCCAGCUAGAGAGCGCUCUUCCUAAGUACAAUCACAUGAUGUAUGUUUUGUCAUAUGACAUUGAUGAGUCGAAAAACUGGUCCCGACUCCCGACGCAAACGGCGAUUCACCAAGGACAGUAGGAAAACAAAGAUUUGAGCUGUCAGGGAUGAAAUUCCAUGAAACUUUGUGAGACCGUUGAGAAUAUCUGGAGUAUGGAAUGUUGGGGAUUUCUCUCUGCGGUUGCUGCUGCCUGGCUGCUCGGCGUGGUUGUGAGCCAGACCACCCUGGCCCCGACCCUUGAGCCCACCGUGAUGAACACCACGUUCAGUGAAAACAUGACUGCAACUCCCAUGAUCCUGAGUACCACGUCCCCAGGGUGCUCUGCCCUCAACACGUCCACAUGCGAGGCCUGUGUCCCUGGAUCGUACUACGACAACGACACCUUGCUGUGCAACUGCUGCCCCGAACCAGGCCUGUGUCUGUUUGCUGGAGCUUGCCUCCCAUGUUCCAGAGGGUUCUAUCAGCCAAUGGCCGCACAGCAGCAAUGUUUACCCUGCAGUCAGGGCUUUUACACCAAUUUCACUGGCAGUCCUGUGUGUCAGUCGUGCCCCCGAGGUUCCUAUAGCAACGCCACGGCUUCAGAUUCAUGUAGAAGCUGUUCUCCAGGGUUCUACGCUUCUCUGCAGAAUGCCACGUCGUGUCGGCCGUGUCCACAAGGGUCG